GGCGGUCAUGUCACAGUUGCUUUUUUCUGCCAAACAAUACUGAGAAAAUUGAUCUAACCAACUAUUUUUAUUCGUAACAAAUAAUUUGACAAACCUAUAUUGAAACGUUGAUUUUAUCUUAGUUAGUCGUGUUGAUAAUGUUAUAAUAAAGUGUACUCAUGGCUUCCAAUGUGCACGAUUUACCCGUUCAGCAGACAUUUGUGGAGGAGAUUGAUUAUAGUGAAAUACAAGAGCUAUCGGUAGUUGGCAAAGGCGCUUUUGGUGUAGUUUGGAAAGGACUAUGGCGAAACACGUUUGUGGCGGUAAAGCAUAUCAAUUCUGAAGCUGAGAAACGAGAGUUUGCCAUAGAAGUUCGUCAGCUGUCCCGCGUUUGUCACCCAAACAUUGUUAGACUGUAUGGAGCGUGUACUAAAGGCGCUCAUGUUUGCCUUGUUAUGGAGUAUGCUGAAGGAGGUUCAUUGUACAAUGUUCUACACAACCGUCCUAAACCUAAAUAUACUGCAGCUCAUGCAAUGAGCUGGGCCAGGCAGUGUGCUGAGGGUGUAGCAUAUCUUCAUGCAAUGAAACCAAAACCAUUGAUACACAGAGAUCUAAAACCACCUAAUCUGUUGCUGGUUGCAAAUGGUUUAUGUCUUAAAAUAUGUGAUUUUGGUACAGCAGCUGAUAAGGCAACAUACAUGACCAACAACAAAGGCAGUGCUGCAUGGAUGGCUCCAGAGGUUUUUGAGGGUUCCACAUACACAGAAAAGUGUGAUGUGUUUUCGUGGGGUAUUAUAUUAUGGGAAGUAUUGUCCAGGAGGAAACCUUUUGAAGAAGGUGGUUCAGCAUACAGAAUCAUGUGGGCUGUGCAUACAGGUCGUAGACCAGAUCUUAUUGAGGGUUGUCCAGAACCAAUUGAACAGUUAAUGACACAGUGUUGGCAUAAAAUGCCUUCGAAGAGGCCUAGUAUGGCAGAAGUCGUUGAAAUAAUGGGCGCGCUGUGCGAGUUUUUCCCCGGCGCUGACACUCCUAUAGACUACGAUAACUGCGAGGACGACGAUACAUCCUGCUCCGACGACGAAUACAUGCUGAGUGACACUCGAGACGAGAUCGCGCUCUCUCAAGACCCUCCCUCUCCCUCGCACACCCCCACUCCUUCCCCAGCCAUCGCCAUAAACCCCACCGUCGUUCUCAGACAGCAUUCCCCAGAAAAUCCCCGACCGCGAAGCAUAGUAGAAACGCAAGUCAACAAACUCCAGAAUUUAAUGGCGGUCGGCGCUCAAACGAAAACGGCUGCCUUGACUAAAGAAGAAGUGGAAGCAUUCAACCGCAUCGGACCCAUAAGAAUCCCUCAGCAAUUCAAAAGAAUAGACACUGAAGCUGGAAGAUCUGCAAUGGGGCUCCCCCUAAACAAAUCUCCCGGUUCCCCGGCACUGGAUAGAUUGACCCCGGGUGAAGGAAGCACUCCUCAGGAUUCGCUGCGGAUAGUGCGAAGCCCUAUAGUUUUCAGCGAAAGCUCGUCCCCACGGAGACUUUCACCAAUAGUGAAUUACAACAUUGGAAAUAUGAAUCCUAGGCAUAUCGAUUUAGAACAAUUUUGGAUCAGGGAGAACGAUAAACUAUCGCCCCGAAGCCUAUCUGCAAAUAGCAACUCUAAUUCUUUGAGGAAAGAGGACUACAAUCAGAACUAUUGUGAUCGAUUGAGUGCGGCUAACAGCCCAAUGACACCUUUAAACGUGUACAAUGGAAAUGUGCCCCGAGCCGUUGACCCGAGAUAUCACAUGCCUCUACAAAUAGAAGUGGAUCCGAAUACCUGGGAAAACGAGUACGAUGAUUACGUAGGAGUCAAAAACACACUCGGGUUUGAUAAAUUCCUGAUUUUGGGUAACAGUAGCGGUUCGACCGCGGGCGAGGGCCCCGCGCCGCCGCCGGCCGAGCCCGACCCGGCUCUGGACUCGAUGCACUUGAUGCUGGACCCACACUUGAGGCCCAUAUCGCCGGACCCAAACAGCGACGAGUCCAAACGCAUCUACGAGGAACAUAAACAGUUAGCGCCGGAGUACCUUAAGGUUCAGACGGAAACAGCAUACCUAAGUAAACACAAAUCAGAAUUAGAAGAUCAAAUGGAUGAAGAAGAAUUACGGCAGAAAAGAGAAAUUAUACAAUUAGAAAAAGAGAAGGACUCGUUGAUAAAACUAUACUUCAGUUUGAAGAAUCAGUUAGCUCGAGCGGAGAACGAUUGUUGGCUACCAGAAGACAUGAGGCACGAGUGACUGUAGAUUUUACUUCCAUGCGAAUACUCUGCACCAGACCAUUGAACACGAUGGUUAUUGGCUACAAUGAAGUCGAGAAGUUUCUCCACUACACAGAUGAUCGUAGAAGAAUCAAUACUUCUAUAAUUUAAGAAUCUGCUGUGAGUAAAACCCGUAGAACUUCAAGAAUGGAGUUUAAGAUAAGGCAACGCAGUAAUGAUAGUCCCAGCUGUACUAAGCCAUGGUGGCCAUUUGCCAUCGAACAAGUCAUACGAUUGUCAUGCUUUUCAUAAUAUCAAAAUUAUAAGUUUCUGAUAAGUUACAGUUAGUCAGUUACAGUACACUAUUACUUUUAUGAAACAAAGUAAGGAAUUUCCAGAGUAUCUAAAAAAAGGAAACAGAAAUAAAAAUAUUUGGAAGCCCUCAUUACAGAAGACCGUGAAAAUGCUCCAGAGCACAUAGACAGCAUAUAUAGAAGUUUUUGACUAUUUGUGUGUUUAAAAAUUUGAAUUGUUUUAAAUCAACUAUCCCACCGACCGGCUUUGGCAUCAAAGAACUCGCUAUAUAAAUGAAUCCUAUGCUGUUGCAGUUAUGGUUUUAAUGAGCAGAAGAGUAUCUGUGUGACUUCCUUGUUCCUAAAUAUAUAAUAUUCACGUAUUAAUUCCAUCAGAUUAUCAAGUAUUUUGGAAGUAUUCUGAUAUUUGUAUGGUCUCUAGGGGAAACUUAACGCUGUCGAAUAAGCGCAUACAAGACGAUAAUUAUAUUUUUGAAUUUAUUCUUACUGAGAAUACAGAUGAUUGUAUUGAAUAUAAAUUCGAAUUGUGUGUAAUAGGGAUGAUGACGGGGUCAAAGUCAACGAAAUUCUAUUUAGUCCCACAGUUAGACUAUUUAAAUUUAAUGGACACUUAUUAUUUUCUUUUGUCAAUUAAACAAAAAUUACAAAGUCAAAGCGCCUCAAACUUUAGGAGUGGGGGCUUGGAAUGGAAUUGAUAUUCGAAUAUUACACGUAUUCGAUUAAAUCGAGGAUAGCCAAUAUUAUUUUGUCUACUGUAUGGUACAGUGCAGAGACUCGUCAAAGGAAGCUACAAUGUCACCUUCCACCAUUGAUCUCUACAAACCAAAUGAGCCAUCGAACACGGGAAUCCUUUUAGUUGUAAAAGAUGACGGCAUAUCUACCAAGAAUAGAACUGUGGUAAAAUAUUUUUUUGGUAAAACCCGCGCUAAUAAAGAAACAAAUAAAAAUGGCGACCAAAGAAAUUCUGGCCCUCGCAGAAUAUCAAAUAGAUCGCUUUAUAAGGAGUGAUAAGGACAGACUGAUGUCAAUUUUACAAAUAACACUACGUUUGUUUUUUGGAGUUUGAUUGAAGCUGACGCUCUCACAUUAUCUGCAAUAGUAUAUUACAAAUUGACAAACAUUAAACCGACAUCUUACUUCCGGACUCAGAAAAGUGAAUUAACAUUUAAAUUAGACUAAAGUGGAUGCUGUCGCUUUCUUUCCAAUAAUAAUAGAAUGAGACAACACGUGUAAUGAAAUAUUUCUGAGUACGACUGUUAGUGCGGAUUUCUUAAUUAUUUAAAAAAAACCUGUCUUAUAGAAAUGGCAUAAGGACAAAGUAUACCUCUCUAGGUAGAAAACCCGGAGAGUAAAAGGUCAUGAAAUUAUAUCUUCUAUUUCGUAACAGUUCUAUUGUUAGUUGACAUGCGAAAGUUUUUUUGUAGCG